GCGUUGUUUGAGUUCCAACGGAAUUAAACGAAAAUGUCUGAAGAAUAUGGACCAGCGGCGAAAAAACGUAGAAUAGAGGUCGUGGAUUCAUCAGAGGAGGAAGAUGAAAUAGAAUGUUUUAUAGAUUUGCUUCCGGACGAGAUCUUGAUGGUUAUUUUCGAGCUGCUGCCCUUCGAGGAGCGAAAACCCUGCGCCGUAGUAUGCCAUCGAUGGCAUUUAAUCCUACGUUCCAAUUACUUCAUGUACCGUACGCAAUGCAUCGUCUACCACUGCUUCGGUAUGCUUAUCGACCCCGGCCUGCAGAGACUGUUGAGCAACUGUGGCCACAUCCUCUUCAGCGAUAGCGGCGCCGUGCCAGGGGCGACCAGUAAAGACCUCAUUCCGGCCCACAAAGGACACGACCAGCCAGGUCCCUCGUCAGCCCAGUCCGGUAUCAGUCUGGAAGAUUUCCUGUUCUCCGGCAAGCUGCCGUUACGCUCGUUUACGGUAACAUCACUCCGCGGACGAAUAACCACAUUCAUUGGGGGACGCUUGGAGCAGAUGCCCCAACUGGAGGAGUUUGUUAUGAACGUUGUCCCAGCACAGGACGAAGAGUCCAUACAGAAAUGGGUUGAAGGGGUUGAUCCACAGUGGACCAUUAAACACCCGCGUCUGCGUUCGCUUGCGGUCCUACUGUAUGCCGGUCCGAUGUCCUACACGCUCGAGCUGCCCCAGCUGAGGAAUCUUACCAUCGAAAUCGACUCGGACAAUGAACUGAACGCCCUCAUGAAGUACAGCGAGCAGCUGGAAGAGCUGUGGGUGCUGUGCUAUUUCACGCGCGCCAUGGAGCAGAUGCUCACCUACCCAUAUCCGGCGCUCAAGAAGCUGAAUAUGAAACGGUACGGCAAGAACGAACCACCCGAUCCCAACACUCGGGUCGACGAUGCAUCGGCGGAACGGUUCGUUAACAGUGCCCCACUGCUGGGGGAUGUCACUCUGCGCUGUAACAUAGCAACGACGAGAAUGCUGCGGGCCGUGUGUGUCAUAGGGCAGAGGUCGAUAACCCGACUCACGCUGCUCGAUGUCGUCCUGCCACGCAGCUUAUUUGUCUUUAUUACCGAGCUUAAAAAACUAGAGUUUCUUAAGCUAAAAAAAUGUGAAAUCGAAGAUGGCGGUCCUUUGCGGGAGGUUGACUUCCCCCGACUGAAACAGCUAAUACUCAUCAACAGUGGCACCUGCAUGCGCAUCGAUCGGGGCCUCUCGAACGUGACGCACUUCAAGUACAGCAUGGAUCCGAAGCUAUCGAAAAUAUGCCAGCACAUGGUGCAACUGGAGGACUUCGAAAUCAAGCUGCGCACCAAAUAUCCCGUCGCGGACUACGUGCGCAAUCACUUUCACUCACUGCCUAAUCUCAGCCAGCUGCAAACGUUCCGUCUGAGCGGCAUGAAAACGGUCAACCGGCCGUGGGACUUUUGCCGACCGAUGCCAGCCAUCGAGCAUCUGGUCCUGCGCAAGUGUCACCUAGUGCGGGGCGAUUUCCAUAAGCUUCCCCAGCUGUUUCCCUCGCUGCGUGUGCUCGAGCUGGAAAAAACCCACAUCGCGUACAAACGUUGCCCCGCCGAGGUGGAUCCGCUGGUGCACUUUCACGGUCGGCUGAAGAAGUUUUUCCCGCCGCCAUGCCGAGUGGUGGUAGACGCGUUCUCCAGCGCCACACCACUCGCCACGAUACUGGAGAUGGAGGACGAGUUUCGGUGGCAUCUGAAUCAGGUGCGUCAAGCUGGCGUUAUCAUUAGACCGCUCUAUCCGAAGACGAUAAAGAAACUGGAGGCCGCUAAGAUGCGGGCGCAAAUGCGGAAGGCGGAGGAGGAAGCGAACGAAGAACUCGAAGAGCAGAUGAACGAAGACGACGACCAAGAAGAAAAAUUGGAGUAAGAAAGUUUUUAAAUGUUUGGUACCAACGGGUUUACGAGUAUUCAACAGUACGUACUGCCUAGCGGUGUUAUAUUGCAUCUGAUCCGUAAUACAUGUCGAUUGUGUACAUUAUACAUAAUAUCAAAUUUUAUCCACUUUGCAACAAAAAGAAAAACUUCCGAGCGACGGACACGCUCUGGUCAACAUCUUAAAACACAUCUCUUAUCUAAACGUAAUGAUUUCGCUUGGCGCACUCUGGAUUGGUUUGCAUAGAAAAGGUAACGUACAUACAUAACACACGAGGCAACUCUCGAUCCUUUAACCGACCCGCAAAGGGUGCGCU